AAACACGAAAAAAUCGAGAGCUCUCUUUAUUUUGUCUCAGCUGGUGAAAAGAUGGACUCUGAUUUUACGGAUAAACUGGCCAAGAAGCGGCAAAAGGUGGACGAGCUGUUCGACUUUGAGGGCAUGAAGAUCGGGCGAGGGACCUACGGACACGUCUACCGCGCCAAACGACGCGCGGGAGACGACCCAAAGGAGUACGCCUUGAAGUUGAUCGAGGGGACCGGGAUAUCGAUGUCCGCAUGUCGCGAAAUAGCGCUGCUGAGAGAGUUGAAGCAUCCAAACGUCAUCACGCUGCAAAAAGUCUAUCUCUCCCACUCUGACAGGAAAGUCUGGCUCCUCUUUGACUACGCAGAGCACGACUUGUGGCACAUCAUAAAGUUCCACAGAGCCAUAAAGGGAGGCAAGAAGCCGCAGGUCCAGGUGCCAAAGAGCAUGGUCAAGUCCCUGCUCUAUCAGAUCCUGGACGGGAUCCACUAUCUCCACGCCAACUGGGUCCUUCACAGAGAUCUGAAACCAGCCAACAUCCUGGUGAUGGGUGAAGGCGCAGAGAGAGGCAGAAUCAAGAUUGCUGAUAUGGGGUUUGCCCGGCUGUUCAAUGCCCCACUCAAGCCACUGGCAGAGUUGGACCCCGUGGUGGUCACAUUCUGGUACCGGGCCCCAGAGCUUCUCCUUGGAGCCAAGCAUUACACCAAGGCUAUUGAUAUUUGGGCGAUCGGUUGCAUCUUUGCCGAGCUUCUGACCUUUGAACCCAUCUUCCACUGUCGUCAGGAGGACAUGGAGGCGAGUACCCCCUAUCAUCACGACCAAUUGGAUCGCAUCUUUGGUGUCAUGGGCUACCCUCACGAGAAAGACUGGGAGGACAUUCGGAAGAUGCCUGAACACGGCUCGCUCGUCAGGGAUUUCAGUCGAAUGAGACACAAUUACCAGGGGUGUACCCUACAAAGGUAUAUGGAGAAACACAACGUCAAGUCAGACACCUCUGCCUUUCAACUGCUGUGUCGGUUUCUGGUGAUGGAUCCCAACAAGAGAAUCACGUCGGAGCAGGCCAUGCAGGAUCCUUACUUCAGUGAGGAUCCCAAACCUUGCCAAGAUGUGUUUGAUGGCAUGAAGAUACCCUAUCCUCCAAGGAAAUUCCUCUCUGACGACGACAAUAAGGACGAUAAGGACCACAAGAGAGGGAUGGAGCAUGCAUCGGGAGCGACCCAGUCCAAGAGGAUGCGACUGAGUACUACCAACACUAACACCACGUCUCAUGCCACCACCUCUGACACACAGGCCUCAAGACAAUCAACGAGUCACCAUAUCCCAUCGCUGGCGGCCCACACCACGUCCAGCAUGGACCACAGACCCCACGCCCCUACCUUUACCACUGGUAACCAGUCCGCCACGUUUCACCACCAUCCCCACCGCUACUGACUGACAGACCGACCACACCCCCUCGUUAACGUGAAGUGUCUAUUUGUACAGCAAGAACACAUUGCAAAGUAUGAUAUAUUUAUAUCAUCUCCUAUUUACCUUUUCUUUACUGUAACUUUUUCACAAAUGAUUUCAUUAUCGGAAUAUCGGUUAUUUCACACCAAAAUAAUAUUGAUAAACCAUUUCUCUGUAUGUAUGUUUGGCAAGAGUGAUAAAUGCACUAUGUUUAUUGAAGGCUUUUUGCACAUAUUAGAACAAAUGCCAUGCGUUUGCGAGCAGUUCAAUUUUCACGCAUAUUUACAAUAACAUUACGGUACAUGCAGUGCCCGUAACAUACAAUUGUAUGUAUAUAUAUGUAUGGAAUAUCAGCAUUCAGAUGACUACGCCUUGUGGUCGCCAAUUAAAACAAAUAAAGCGAGUGUUACCUUUAUUGGAGAUAAAGAGCUUUCAUUGUUUUGUGAGUGUUGCCUUUAUUUUGGUGUGUGUGUGGGGUGUGGGUGUGUAGUCAGCAGUCAUCUAAGAAAGUAAGGAGAGGGAGGCAAGAAAGAAGGGUGGGAAAAUGGACGGGAUUGACUAGGUCGAAUUUCAAUUCCCUUGCUGUGAUGUUACUGUCCUGCCCAUCGAUCAUUUUGGUCUCCAAGAGAUGUCCCCAGCUCCUGUAAACGUCUUCUUGAGUCCAGUCGGAUCAGCCCACUCUGUGUUCAGGUAGUCCUCACUCUCGUCUGCUUCCAGUCUCUUCAUCUCUUCCUGCUUCUUGUGAGCCAGGGCCAUCAUCGCUCGCUGCUCCUCUGCUGAAAACACGGGCUCUCUUCCCGGAGCACCUUGACCUUUCUUCUGGAGCUUUGCCACUAUCUUUGUCUUCUCGUUUCGUCCGACGUAGUCUCGUAGAGUUUGCUUCGCUCCAGCUGCUUCCCGGCCCACCAGAGCUGGGCUAUGUCCUCCUCUAGUACCUGCUGACCUACCUGUGUCCCAGAGAGAUCUUGAGUUCCCUCAAACUCCAUUCUGAUGGGAUCGUGGGGAGGAAGACCCAUGGGGUAGACUAUGGUCACCGCUCCUCGCAGCUUGUCCAGAGCAUCGUGGAUGAUGUCAUCAGUCAUACACACACCCGCAUCAACCUGGGUCUUAGAAAUGGCUGACUUUGCUUCACUAAUAGUUCGCUUGAGCACAUCCUUCAUCUUGUCAUUGGGUG